GGCCGACUAUUGUUUUCUUAAAACAAUUUGACUUCCUUUGCGAUAGGCUGAGAUCCCUUCCAUUAGCUUCCAUUAAGCGGAGAGUAGGGAGAAGCCAGGGGAAGUGCUGAACUGAGGCCAAGGCAGCGCUCUCUGCAUAAGAUCACAUUUAUAUCCUAAAGCAAGGCAGCCCCUUUCAGAGAGUAGGAGGCAGCUGCUGCUUCAUGUCACGGCUCUGCACCUUCAUCAGGCCAUUAGAACAGAGAGGGACCAGCGCUGCUCAUAUCUGACUACUGGACCUCCAUCCCUGACUCCCUUUGCAGUCACUUGGAAUUUGCCAGACCCUCUAACAAACUUCCGCAGCACAGCACAGAGCUUUCUCCUGCACCCUGGGGUCAAUGUCACCCAACACUUGCCCGCCUGAACUUUUGGGACACAGACAUCUGACACCAGAUCCUCUGAUGAUGCCUUUGGAUUAAGCUGCUGUAGAACUGUUGUACAGAAGCACCAACCAGAAGGCACAAAUGGACACUUGGCAGUAAAUCUGACUCUCUGAUUGGCUGUUGUCAACAUUUCUAAUGAGACCAAACGACUUGGGGAGACACUUUGGUGCCGAUAAACUGAGAUGGGCGACUGGAGUUUCCUUGGCCAAUUCCUUGAAGAGGUGCAAAAACAUUCCACUGUGGUGGGCAAGGUCUGGCUGACCAUUCUGUUCAUAUUCCGGAUGCUGGUGUUGGGCACUGCUGCAGAAUCCUCUUGGGGGGACGAACAGUCGGACUUUACUUGCGACACCAACACGCCUGGCUGUCAAAAUGUCUGCUACGACAAAGCUUUCCCCAUCUCCCAUAUCCGAUACUGGGUCCUUCAGAUUAUCUUCGUCUCCACCCCCUCCCUGCUCUACAUGGGACACGCCAUACACACUGUCCGGGUGCAGGAAAAGAAGAAUCACAGAGAAGAGGAGAAAGCAAAGCAGAAUAUGAACGGGGAGUCGUCCUACCAUCAGCAAGAAUAUGUGGUGGAAAAAGAGCCAAUUGUUUACACCGACGAGUUGAGCGGCAGGAUCCGACUUCAAGGAACUUUGCUGAACACGUACAUAUGCAGCAUCCUGAUCCGCACUGUGAUGGAAGUUGCUUUUAUUGUGGGGCAGUAUAUGCUUUAUGGAAUAUUUUUGGAAACCUUGUACACGUGUCGUAGGUUGCCCUGCCCACAGCCCGUAAACUGCUUUGUUUCUAGGCCGACAGAGAAGAACGUUUUCAUUGUAUUUAUGUUGGCUGUGGGAGUCCUCUCUCUACUUCUCAGCCUUGUAGAACUCUACUACCUGGCAUGGAAAAAGCACAACAUUUCUGGCUCCAGUACAGAAAACCCGACUGCUCCCAGAGUGGCUGCCAUAGAGCCGGGGCAGCGUUCUCAAAGCUGCACUCCACCUCCAGACUUUAACCAGUGCUUAAGCAGCAAUAAGGGCAAAUAUGAGAGCCCUUUCAGCAAUAGCCUGGCUUCCCAGCAGAACACAGCUAACUUUGCAACGGAGAAGGUCCAGGGUGAAGAAGACAUUCGAGAUGGGCAAUUUAUCCACAUCAGCUAUGCACAAAAUGCACCAGUAUCCAACCACUCGACGCCGCACCAUACACCAAAUGGCUACAGUCACCGAAGCCUGAGCAAGACCAGCCAUGCCAGCAGCAAAGCUCGUUCAGAUGACUUGUCUGUGUGAUCUCUGGAAUCAUAAAGUCAUCAUUGUCCCAGAUGCCUCUUAUUUAUGAACUUUUAAAGAUAAAUUUUGUGUGCCUUCAACUGGUCAGGAUACAAAGUCCUCUUUGAUGUUGGAAUGGCCAACACCAAACUUGCCAAAGAUAAUAAAUUUGUAGCAAAUGUAUAUUUCUGAGAUUCCCACCAGGUUUUAACAGUUUCAGAUGUUCGACUGUUAGUUCCAUUUGUGGGUGCUUUAGACUUGAAGUUGACUGUGAUGUCAAUCAUGAUUAUCUCCUGCAGUUUGGAAGACUCCUCUGUUGAGGUUUCUCUUUUUAGACUUCUUGGGUUUAAGCCUUUAUUAGGGGGUCCAACAUUUAGUCAAGCCCCCUUAUUAGCACAUUAAAUGUUAGAUACUUGAAAACAUUGUCAUAUUGGUAAAGCUGUGAUAGUUCCAGGAAUAUCUAGGACAGUAGUAAAUGAACUUCUCACUCUAAAUGACCUUCAGACAUCUAUCCACUGGUUCCUCCACGGGAGGCUGGGGACUUGAACUACAGUAUUGAACCUGUAAUAUAUAUUAUUCCCCAAUCUUUAAUCACACAUGGUAUGUCUUGUACAACAUAUUUUAUACAUUGUUAUCAAAACAUGAGCAACCUACAUGAGCUUGUGGGAUCAACAGGUAACUUUGCUGGCACUGUUGCUCUCCCUUCGCAUGUUCUUUGCACAGUAAAAGUCUUAAAAAGUAUGAAACUCAUGAAUCACACGGAGCUCAUAUGUAGAUACUGGGAUGUACUGUACAGCAUAGACAUGGUCAGCCACCAAUGGUAGUUGAACCACCACACAGGUGCCAAGGUCAUUUACAGGAGACAGGGAUACAAUAUAGACCAAUACACAGGAUCACAUGGUGGUCAACUGGUUCAAUCACAGACUUAAAUGGUUCUAGAUUUGCAUCUAGGUCUGUUUGAUAAGACUGGUGAGAUGAUGAUUGAUAACAGUAAUAGUUUUGGUCAUGUUCUUCUAACAAGGCACCUUUCUUAGGUUUCUAAGGUUUAUGAAUUCUUCAGAUAUUGUAUGUAGUCUCUGAUAAUGUAUCUUACUCCAAAUGUCAUUUCCAUAUUGUACUAACAAGUAGGUAUUUCCUUGUGAAUAUGUUGUGGAUUGAUGGUGGUAUGUGAGUUUUUGAACAGCCAAGGCAAAAUUUGGCCCAGAUUUGGAGCCUAUAGCAACUACUCAACAGUUAGCAUUGGUCUAAUGCAUUUAGGUUAUGGGUUAAAUGUCGCCAAAGUAGGGUUGCUACCUUUCGGAGCAGUAAAGUCCGGUCAGAGUGGGUGGGACGAUGAUGUCACGUGGAGUGAUGUUUCGGGGCGGAGCUGAUGAUGUCACUAGACUGGGUCAUGACUUUGCGACUGGUAAGUGGCCAAUUGCCACGUCAGUAUAGGAGAAUCCUGUUCAGUUUUCCUAAUUUGGAAAACCGGACAGGUGCUUUUGACCUUGGCAGUAGUGAUGUGUGGCCCAGACCAAAACCUGCAGGACCUGUGGGUUUACCCGCGUGUUCGGGCACAAAAUCUUCUUGACCUUAACCCUCCCACUCCCAACCCGCACCAGGCUCGCCGCACCCCCUGUAUUUAUAGACCUGUGCCCACCCCACAGUGACAUCAUAAAAGGGGUGGGUCAUGGGUGGGCGCGAGCCUAUAAAUUUAGUGCUAGGUUACGGAUGGGGAGAGCAGGAGAAGUGCUCAACCCAGACCCACCUGCGACCUAGCAAGGCCGGUUUCCAACGCCUGAAUUUAUAGACUUGCAUAAAUAAAUGGGGUACGGCGAACCAGGUGCGGGCUGGGAGGGGGCGGAUUAUGGUGGAGGGCGGGUUGAGAAUUUCUUAACCCACACACCACUACUGGGCAGCCCUUUUGAAACCAAGGCUGUCCCAGGCAGGUGACAACCCUAGGCCAAAGCCUGAAUGCGUUUAUGCACAACCCAUAUUUUCCAGUUACAUAAUCAUAGACCAUUGCACAUUACUACUGCAAAUGACUCAUCUACUUCUCAGACUCAAUUUGUUUUUCCAAAUGAUUGAGAACUAAGGAAAGGCGAGUUUAGCAUAUACAUGGAUAGCGUGUGAGUGGGAAUGUGAAGUUUUUAAUGAAUUGUUAGCUGGAGUAAAUGUUUGUACCUUUUAUAUUAAAAAAAGUUGGAUUUAUGUACUUUUUUUUCAUGUACAAUUUGUUGCUGUUCUUGUUUGCAGUUGGCAGUUGGUUCUGUCAACGUCUGAUUUGUGAAAGUUCUAGGGCCUUGUGGGGUCCUAUACCUCCUGGCCCCCUGCAGCCACAGGUUCUGCUUGAGGAGGGACUGAGGGCAAACCAGUGGGUAUACAAGCAUUGGGUGCAAGUACCUUCUAGGUGGCAAGUUGCACAAGUGCAGUUGUCAGUAUAAACCAGGGGUGUAACCACAGAGGAAGCAGACCCUGCGGCUGCAGGGGGCCCAGGAGGUAUAGGGGCCCCAUGAGGUCCUUAUUCAUAUACAAUUUCAAUAAAUAUUGGUAUAGCUGGUCAACCUGGGGACCUAAAAAAUUAUCUGCUCUGGGGCCCAGUAAUAUCUACUUAUGCCACUGGUAGCAACCAGUCAUUUGUUUAGAACUAAAGUUGGAAGAUAAAUGCCAAGGCCUGAUUGAUUCUGACCGGCACCUGCACUAAUGCCUCUACGUUCAUAAAAAUACCACCAAUGGGUAACAGGAGACCAUAAGUUCCUCAAGGAGAACUUACGCAUAGAAAACCGUGGAGCAGCAAUAGUAGUUCUACACGUCAUAGUGCCAUAAAAAUAAAUCCUAACUGACUAGGAGUCCUAGAUUUAUUAAAAAGGUAACUUAAUGGAAUAUAAAGACCAGUUGGGCUCCCAAUAUGCCUAAAUUUUUUUUGCUCUUAUUUGCAAUUAUUCUAAUUUUGU